UUCAUAAAACCAACUUCAAGUAUGAGAUUUAACCACUUAACGUCAGUUUAAAAAUUAAAAAAAAUUAUCAUGUUUGUUUCUGACACAAAUAAUCUUGGGAACUUUCACUCACCGUUUUGGAAUAAAAAAGAUGAAUUUGAAUUCAAUUUCUUUGCUAUAAUUAUAGAAAAUAAUUAAUAAAAAAGAAAAAAAAAUGGAAUUAAGAAAAGGGGAUGCAAUUGCAUGUGAAGGAGGUUCUAGUGCACGUGUGAAACGAGGAAAGAAUAAAAUUCUAGAAAUGGAACUUCAUCUCAAAAGCUUAAAAGAAAAAUUAAACACACUCGAAACUAUGCUUCCACAUUCAAAAACUGAUGAUGACCAACAAGAUUGCCCAAAAACAAAUGAAGGAAAUUUGAAUAAGGAUGAAAUGUGUGUUCUCCAAUCAUUGGCAGUGAAGGAGAAGAAGUUGCGUGAUGAGAUUUUCAAAAUUGAAUGCAAGGAGAAAGAAUAUUUACAAACUUUAUCGCAGGCAAAUGUUGAAAAUAAUAUUAACGAAGAUAAAUGUAAUUUCACUCGAAUCGAUAAUUCGUUGAGAAGUCGUAAAGGAGAAAGCGUAGAAAUAGAGAAAAUUUCUCGUUUAGAAGAAUACAGUAAAAAACUGUGCAACUGUUUACGGAGCAUAAAAAAUAAUCGUAAAAUUUGGUCUCGACAAGCUGGCGAUUUAUCAAAAGAACUUAAUUGCUUGGAAAAUUCUGGAUUGAAAUCCUCUCAAGAUUUUGGUCCUGAAGGAUAUAAAACAAUUGAGAACAAAAUAUGUCCUUGUGGAGAACCAGCGAAAUGUGACAGUUGCAUUAUUUGUAACUGUGCUGAUUGGGAGCAAAAUUUAAAAAUAGAUAUUGAUGAAAAACGAGAAGAAUUCAAUGAAUUACAGCAGAAAGAAGUAUCUCUUGUGGAUAAAAAAAGUAAUUGCAGAUGUUUCUACACAUCUUCUAAUUCUGAUGCUAGUUCACAAUCCUUGGAAAUCAAUAAUAUAUACCAAUGCAGUUUGUCGAAAAUGCACUCCGAAAUGUCAAUCGAAACUCUCUCUGUACCAUCUACUGUGGAUUGUGAGAUUAUAGGAAAUGAAGAAGACAGAAAAAAUUAUUGUUGCCUCUGUAAAUCUGAAGACGAUUAUCAAAAAUUUUGUGAAAUUUGCUUAUGUGAUUGGGAACGAGAAUAUAACACAAAUCAACAACUUUAUUCCGUGAAAGAUGAUGAAAAUUGUCAUCGGUGUAAUGUCUGCAAUGAGGAAAGAUUCAGAGGCGGAACAGAUUUCGGAAUUUCAAUCAACCAUCACUGUUAUGAAAAUUGUACGGAAAAUUUGACAAAUAUUUUGAAACCAACAGCACAUCAUGAUGAGAAUAAGGAGAUAAGAGAAAAAAUUCCCAAUGACUUGGAAGACAAACGUUUUUUAACUCAUUCCUCACUGGUUUCCAAGUGCCUCAAAAUUGAAAAAACAAAAAGGAAAGAAGUUAUUGCAACUUUGAUGAAAGAAUUAAAUCAAACGCCUAUUUCAAUUCGAACCGAAAUUUAUGAACAACCAAAAAAGAAAGAACAAUCAAAUUUUACAAUUCUAACAAAAGAUUUAGCAUUUGGAUUCUUAAUAUUGCUUCUUACUUAUCUUCUAUUGGGGUGA